AGUACCUCGCGUGUGUGUUUGCAGGGGAGUGGGAAAGAUGGCGGACGCCUUUGGGGACGAGCUGUUCAGCGUGUUCGAAGAGGACCCUGCCGCCGCUUCCGGCUCGAAGAAACCGAAGGGGACAGCUGAGGCGACUGCCGCUGCCGCUGCUGUAGGCAAGGCCGGGAAACGAUCAGAUGGCAAAUCUGCAGCACCCUCUAAAUUUCCAACAAAAACUAAACGAGAUGCAGAGGUUGAUAGCACAGACAUUCCAGUUUUUGAAAAGAAGCCAAAGUUGGAAGAUACCACCACGGAAGAUCUCAGUUUGGCAGACCUGAUGCCAAAAAUAAAGGUACAAGCAGUUGAGACUGUUGAAGGUUGUACACAUGAGGUUGCUCUUCCUGCAGAUGAAGAUUUUAUAGCCCUGAAGCCAAGAACUGGGAAAGCUGCAAAGGAAUAUCCAUUCAUUCUCGAUGCUUUUCAAAGAGAAGCUAUUCUGUGUGUGGAUAACAAUCAGUCGGUGCUGGUGUCUGCUCAUACAUCAGCAGGGAAAACUGUGUGUGCAGAGUAUGCCAUCGCUUUGGCUUUAAGGGAAAAACAGCGUGUGAUAUUUACUAGUCCCAUCAAAGCUCUCAGUAACCAAAAAUAUCGUGAGAUGUAUGAAGAAUUUCAAGAUGUUGGUCUGAUGACAGGGGAUGUCACCAUCAAUCCCACAGCAUCUUGUCUUGUAAUGACAACGGAGAUUUUGAGAAGUAUGCUUUACAGAGGUUCUGAGGUUAUGCGUGAAGUUGCUUGGGUUAUAUUUGAUGAAAUCCAUUACAUGAGGGAUUCAGAACGUGGUGUGGUAUGGGAGGAAACCAUCAUUUUACUCCCAGACAAUGUUCACUAUGUGUUCCUUUCUGCCACUAUUCCAAAUGCACGCCAGUUUGCUGAAUGGAUAUGCCAUCUUCACAAACAGCCUUGCCAUGUGAUUUACACAGAUUAUCGACCCACUCCGCUGCAACAUUAUAUCUUCCCAGCAGGGGGAGAUGGACUCCAUCUUGUAGUUGAUGAAAAUGGUGAUUUUAGAGAAGAUAAUUUUAACACGGCCAUGCAAGUCCUUCGAGAUGCAGGUGAUUUAGCUAAAGGGGACCAAAAAGGCAGAAAAGGAGGAACAAAAGGUCCAUCAAAUGUUUUUAAGAUUGUAAAGAUGAUAAUGGAAAGAAACUUUCAACCAGUAAUUAUAUUCAGUUUCAGUAAGAAAGAUUGUGAAGCGUAUGCCCUUCAAAUGACAAAACUGGACUUCAAUACAGAUGAAGAAAAAAGAAUGGUUGAAGAAGUGUUUAAUAAUGCAAUUGACUGUUUGUCUGAUGAAGACAAAAAACUUCCUCAAGUUGAGCAUGUUCUUCCACUUUUGAAGCGAGGCAUUGGAAUCCACCAUGGGGGGUUGCUUCCUAUUCUAAAGGAAACCAUAGAAAUACUUUUCUCUGAAGGAUUGAUCAAGGCCUUAUUUGCAACUGAGACUUUUGCUAUGGGAAUAAACAUGCCAGCAAGAACAGUGCUGUUCACAAGUGCCCGGAAGUUUGAUGGGAAGGAUUUCCGAUGGAUCACCUCAGGCGAAUAUAUUCAGAUGUCUGGUCGUGCCGGACGUCGAGGCAUGGAUGAUAGGGGAAUAGUUAUUCUGAUGGUGGAUGAGAAGAUGAGCCCAACAAUUGGAAAACAACUUCUUAAGGGAUCUGCUGACCCUCUCAACAGUGCUUUCCAUUUGACAUACAACAUGGUAUUAAAUUUGCUGCGUGUGGAAGAAAUUAACCCAGAAUACAUGUUAGAGAAAUCUUUUUACCAAUUCCAACAUUACAGAGCUAUUCCAGGAGUAGUUGAAAAGGUCAAUAAGUUGGAACAGCAGUACAAUGAGAUUGAAAUUCCAAAUGAGGAAAAUGUGGUCAUUUACUAUAAAAUCAGACAACAGCUGGCUAAGCUGGGUAAAGAAAUAGAAGAGUACGUUCACAAGCCAAAGUACUGCUUGCCAUUUUUACAGCCAGGGAGGCUGGUAAAAGUGAAAAAUGAAGAUGAUGACUUUGGCUGGGGCGUGGUGGUGAACUUCUCCAAGAAAUCAAAUGUGAAGCCUAACACUGGUGAGCUGGACCCACUCUAUGUUGCUGAAGUCCUCCUGCAUUGUAGCAAAGAAAGCUUAAAAAAUUCCGCAACUGAAGCUGCAAAACCAGCAAAACCCGAUGAAAAAGGGGAGAUGCAGGUUGUUCCUGUUUUGGUGCAUCUUCUGUCAGCAAUCAGCAGUGUUCGCCUGUAUAUACCCAAAGACCUGAGGCCUCUUGAUAACAGGCAGAGCGUACUGAAGUCAAUACAGGAAGUGCAGAAACGGUUCCCUGAUGGCGUUCCUUUGCUGGAUCCUAUUGAUGACAUGGGCAUUAAAGAUCCGGGUCUGAAGAAAGUAAUCCAAAAAAUAGAAGCGUUUGAGCACAGGAUGUAUUCUCACCCACUUCACAAUGAUUCUAAUUUGGAAACUGUGUACAAACUUUGUGAAAGAAAAGCACAGAUUGCUGUAGACAUUAAAGCAGCAAAACGAGAACUGAAGAAAGCCAGGACUGUUUUACAAAUGGAUGAGCUCAAGUGUCGUAAACGUGUUUUGAGAAGAUUGGGUUUUGCAACCUCCUCGGACGUCAUAGAAAUGAAAGGACGAGUUGCUUGUGAAAUCAGCAGUGCUGAUGAGCUGUUGCUGACGGAAAUGAUGUUCAAUGGACUUUUCAAUGACUUAUCUGCGGAACAAGCAACUGCUUUACUAAGCUGCUUUGUCUUUCAAGAAAAUUCUAGUGAAAUGCCCAAACUAACAGAACAGUUGGCAGGCCCCCUUCGCCAAAUGCAGGAAUGUGCAAAAAGAAUCGCUAAAGUGUCAGCAGAAGCUAAAUUGGAAAUUGACGAGGAAAACUACCUGAAUUCGUUUAGGCCGAACUUGAUGGAUGUCGUGCACACGUGGGCCAAUGGAGCAACGUUUGCUCACAUAUGCAAAAUGACAGAUGUCUUUGAAGGGAGCAUAAUACGCUGUAUGAGGCGGCUAGAAGAAUUGCUUCGACAGAUGUGUCAAGCAGCAAAGGCCAUUGGAAACACAGAACUGGAAAACAAAUUUGCAGAAGGCAUUACCAAAAUCAAGAGAGAUAUUGUAUUUGCUGCAAGUCUUUACCUAUAAGUAUUGUCCAGACACGGAGUGUGAACAUCACUAAUUAUUCUUCAGAGGCAGAAGUGUAAAGUUAACGACAGAAUCUGCCUAUCCUUCCCAAGCAGGAGAGAUGUUUAACAUUCUUGUAUGUAUUUCACCAUAAGCCUCAUGCUAGCAAGCAUAUUACAUACCAUUGCUGUUUGUACAUAAGUGUUACCACAUUAUUUUAAUUAAAAAAAACAGCCAGAAUACUGUGUGUUUACAGCAAAAGCUUGAACCAAUAGAGAUUUAAAGUUUAGAUACCUAAGUGUUAACUAUAUACAUGUAAAGUGAGCAUCCAAGAAGUAUAGCAGCAGCAGUCCCUUCAAGAGGCAUUUAAUUUAUUUUUUACAUAGGUCAGAAACGCUUGACAUUUUCUUUUUAUAGAAGGGGAGAUUCCACAGGGUAAUAGCUGUUGACUUUAUCAUGGCUGGUGAUUACUGCCAUAGUGAUUUCCACUGGUAGGUGUCUCGUGUAAGGUUGUGUGUGAAUCUUCCUCCUCCUUCUGUUUAAAUGGACGACCUCUGUCUUUGAAGAAAUCAGAUACAUACACAGCCUGGAUAAACAAAUGGAACACAUUAGGCAGUGAGACAGCUGUCAGAGAGAGACAGUACAACAAAAUGAUUAUUUAAAUAUGCCUAAUAGGUCCGGGCAGUAUACCAAUAAAUUGUCUGAAACUGGUAUGGCAAUCAGAUUGCCAUACCGGUUUCAGACAUUUUGAGCUGGCAAUACAUUGUGGUUGUUGAGGAGCUGAAGGCAACAGCACAAUGGUAGAUUCACCUGGUGGUAUAUCACAGGUGAAGCAGCCACUGCUGCUGAGUCCCUCUGCCACCAUACAGCAGAUAGUGGGGUGGACUACCUCUUGCCAAGGAAAGUGUUCACAGGGCUGCCUUAGCACAGAUGGAGCCAAGGCUCCUUCCUCCACACGCCAGGCGUUGGAGGAGGAAACAGUUUUUCCUGCCCAACGCUGACAGGAAGAGGCAGAAGCUGCACACCGUGACAAUAAUCAUCUCCAUGGCCAGUAAUUGCCUUCUUCCUCCCUGCCUCCUUUCCAGCAUCAUAACAUCCCACCGUAUCAGGAAGUUUAGUUGAUGGUAUAUUACGAUGUUGGAAAACAGGUAUCGACUAGCUCAAAUUGCCUGCUUUUCAGACAGAGAGGUAGACAGAGUUUGAGAAGGUGAUUGCCUGCAACCUCACACUUCAUCUGCAGGGCUGCCUCUGGUUCACGUGAGCCGGAGGGUGGGUACUUAAUCAGCUGAGGGGUGGGAGGGAAAGGGAAGUGGGGUAAGUGCCAAUAAUCUAUGCGUGCUAGUCCCAAUUGGAAAGGUUUUCAUUUUUGUAAAUAGUUUUGGGAAGAGAGAUGUACCCUAACCCACCCAUACAGCAUGGUUUUUAAAGGAGGAGUGAAAAAAGAAAAGUUGACACUGGGAGUAGUGAAUAUACUACUACCUUUUCCCCAUCUCACCACUGUCCCAUGGAAACUACAGGAAGGCAACCCUGAACUCGUCAGGAGUGUGUAGGCAUCCUCCCUCCACCCCAUUUCAUCAUUAAGUCUCAGCAAAAGUAGUUUUCCCAGAAAGCUAUAUUGAUCAAAUGGCAGAGUAACUUUGCAUGGACUUACAAUUAGUAUAGCUACCAGUGCUCCCUGGAUAAGUCCGGUCAACACAUCACUCCAAUGAUGUUUGUAAUCAGAAACACGGGAGAGGCCCACGUAGAUGGAUGCUGCAAUAAGACCGAACUGAGCUGUAGGACGCACAAGUCUUGCCCAAUCACCUUUCAUUCUGGCCUGAAGAUAAAGCUAAAACCAAAAGGACAAAAGUUUAGAAGUCCAGAAGUCUAGAUAGUUAACAGGGUGGGUAGAAAUAGGAUGGGUCUAUUUUUAAUACUGUAGUUAUAACUUGAUAUUCUGUUGAUUUGCUAGGGACAACGUUAAGUGCAAUACUUUUGUACCAUAAUGAACAUUGUGCUGUGUUGUGGCCUAAUUUUACACAUGCCCUUUCUAUUGAGCUUGCAAAUUGGUUCAUACUGUGUACUGCAUAUUAUCCACCUUUUGAUUCAAGCUGCACAAUGUUUCAUAAUAUGUGAGGCAUAUUCUCCUUAAUUAGCAGCUAUAGCACUUAAGGAACUAUUCAUUACUUCAAUAGUAGCUGUGAGUAGGGUGAUCCUUGCUUAACACAAGCAGGUAUUCAAAUGCCUAGAUGGGAAAUAAUUUGUAUACUUUCCCUUCAAUAAAAAUGUUCAAGGUGGCUUACAAAUAAAAAUACAGUGGUACCUCGGUUUAAAAACACAAUUGGUUCCAGAAAUCUGUACUUAAAUCUGUACCUGAAGCGUACUUAACCUGAAUCGAACUUUCCCAUUGAAAGUAAUGGAAAGUGGAUUAAUCAGUUCCAGAUCGGUCCGCGGAGUACUUAAACUGAAAGUACUCAAACUGAAGCGUACUUAAACCGAGGUAUGACUGUACAAAGUAAAAUACAGAAUAAAAUGCACAGCCAGAACCCCCAGCAUAAAACCAUACAGGUGAAAUGAAGUUAAAAGGCUUGGAAAAAUAAAAAAGUUAUUUGUCUACUGCCAAAGUGGUAGAGUUGGUACAAGCUGAUGCUCUCUCCAGGGAAAAUUCCACAACCACAGUGCCUCCACUGAGAAGUCCUCUCAGAGGACAUAUGAAGGACACCACACUGAUAAUACCUGCAGAACUACACCCUGGAUUCAACUGAUCAAUUCCUCCUUGCCUGAUGUUAUGAGCCACAAUAUUGACAGGAGCCAGCACUUACCCAAGUACCUUAUCUAUUGCCUCAUGCUGCAGAAACGCAUAAUAAAACAAAUCCAUGAAACCAGACUAGAUCAAUCUUUGGAUAAUCCACAGACUGACUUGUAACAAAGGCAUAACCUUUUAUAAAAGAGGCAGUAACUGGACUUAAUGGGAUGCAGGUUGUGGCUAGCACUCCCAUAGACUUCAACCAUUCCUUGUACCUGUUAGAACCAUUAUGGUUGGAUAAAUGAAUAUAUACACAGAGCAUGCUCUAUGUGAGUAGUAGGUGCUACUUUCCAAAGUUAAAUAUUUGGGGAAUGCCUAAUUGGUUUUUCAAAGCAGCUAUUACAUCAUAGUUUUGGUAUCCAAAUCUUUCAUUCUGCUGGUUAAAAAAAAAGCUGAAGUUUAAAGCUGCAUGGAGCAGUGUUUAGAAAACCAGAUAAAGGUUUUUCCACACACCAAAGUUGUACUCCAGCUAUGUUUUGUUGACAGAAAACUGAAGUUUCUAAGACAGUCUGCAGGCAUAUUUUUCAAAAAUGUAUACAUGUGUUCACUAUCAACAGCAAAGGUAGGUAAUUCCUGCUGCUGCUGAAGUCCAACAUAGCAAAAUUACACAGUACAUUUUCAAGGCUAAUACUGUGUUUCCUCAAGGCUUGUUUUUGAGACUAACUUCUACAGCAAUGUAAAUCAUUUAGUCCCAGUGAGAACUUGAGACAGCAGUCAUGCUGGUGGUCUAAAAAGAGCAGGCUGGCAAUACAGAGCUGGCAUACUUCCUUCUUUCCAGCUUAGGAAUUCCACUGAAGACAUUGAAAAAUGCAUUCCUUUGCUAAUAAGGUUUUUCCACACGCAAGCAAUUGCUGUAGUUGGCAGAGGGACAUUACACACAUGAGAGGGAAGGUGGUAUAUGUGGUUUUGAGUGGGAGAGAAGGUGGGACCUAAGACAGUCCCUUAGAAGAUUGUGGUCCAUAAGCAAAGAGAUUUGAGGGCCUGGGACACAAAUCUAGGUGGUAGGAUUUUGUGCUAUUUGCCAAGCUGUCAAAACUGACCUGAUGAUUAAAAUGCUGUCCCCAGAACAGAAAUGUAUCUACAAAACUAGG